AUGGAUUUAACGUGCGAACCAGUCGCUCCUCUACGUCAGAAUCAAGAGAGAUUCAGGAGUCCAGAUAUAUCUCGUAGACCCUUGGGAGAAGAGGCAGUGGCUGCUCAUACUGUUAAGAAGACUCGUCGAGCUAAAUCGACUGAGCCUACUGCCCUUCAGCCUGAUGAUCCAUUUGUUAAAUACACAAACAAGGGUGAUGGAUAUAAUGAAAGUCCUCAGGAUGAAACUGUAAAUAAAAGGUGGUCAUUAAUCGCAAAAAACUACGAAAAUAUGUCGAAACAGGAGUUACUAAGUAACUACAGACUUUUGAUGAAUGAAAAGCUAAGGCUGGAAAGAUUCCUUUCAAUUAUGACAAAAAACAAUGAGAUGGCUCGAAAUCGUUUAGAAUCUGACUUAUUAGAUGCUAUGAUGUGCAUAGAAGAUUUGAAACAGGCUCUUGAAAUUCGUUUAGCACGACGACGAAAAAUUGAUCCUCGAGAAGCUGAAGAAAGAAGAUAUUUAAUACGUCAAAAUAAAAAAUUAUUGAAUCAAUUAUUUGAAUCAGCUAAGAAAAUUGAACGACUUGAAGUAACAAAAGUUGAAAUGAAAGAACAAUUGGAGUUAUUAGACUUUCAAAUUGUUGAAGUUGAAAAUCAAAAAGCUAUGAUUGAAGAAGAAUUGAGAAAAAUUCCACCAAGUGUCAAUGAAGAAACUCAAACUGAAGCAAGUUCUGAUAGUCAUCAACUGAUAACACAAUUAAAAGAACAAUUGAAUAUAGUCAAAUCAGAUUUAUCAAGUCAAAAGGCUGAAACUGCAGCUGCUCUAGCUAAACAAAGUCAUCUAGAUAAUUUAGUUAGAGAGUUACGUCGAGAUAAUAUUGAAUUAAGAGAUCAACUAGCACGUACAGAUGAUACAGAAAAUUCACUUGCUGAAAGUGAUAAACCGAUAGCUGCUGAUGUUCGAUUGCUUAAGUCUCAGUUAGAAGAACAAUCAGAACAUGUCAGAGAAUUAGAAGAGAAAUUAAAUUCAUCAAGAUUAUACUCAGAAAAAUUGGAAUGUCAACUUCAAGAUCUUAUCAAUAAACCAAGUUGUAUUCCAUCAUCUGAACACUUUGAACAGAAUACAGCUAAUUUAUUGUAUACAAUGAGUGAAAAGAAAUCAGUAACUACAUCUCAAUCAUUAUUGAAGACACCAACAUUAACAUCUACCUUAAUAACUCCUAAAGUAGAUGAUAUACUUCUUCAACAAACAAUUUAUACUUUUCAGUCACUUUUAGAUGAACGUGAUCAAGAGAUUCAUCAAUUACAUAAUUAUAUACAUGAUCAAGAUAAUCAAUCUAAUACUGAAUUAGUAAAUUUAUCAAAAUUAUGCGAAUCUUCAAUUCAAACUGAAUUAAAUAAUGAACAAAUAGAAAAAUUAUCUAAUAUAAAUAACACCCUUAAUUCAGGUGGUCAUAUACUUACUAAUAAAGAAUAUGAAAUAUUGAAUAGUGAAUUAAAAGAAACAUUGAUAACAUUAACAAAUAAUUUAGACGAUAAACCAUCAACUGUUACAAUUGAUCAAAAUAUAAUCACUAAUGAUGAUCUUAUUCAAACAGUGAAUAAACUUAGAAAAUUAUCUCAGAGUAUAAAAUUAAAACCAGCUAUGAUAGAUACAAAAUCUUCUGAUAAUGACAAUGAUAAUUUGAAUGUGAUACAAAAGUCGAGUCCUACACCAUCAGAUAGUGGUUUACAAGGCAUAGCUAGUGCAAUACGCCGAAUGACAACUAAUUUUCUAGAGAAACCUGAUUUCUCCCAACAACAAUCACAAUCUAGAAAUUCCGUUACAUCAACAGAUCCACCUGUGAAUAAUUUAUUACGUCGACCGUCAACAUUAUUUAAUCGUGAAGCUGAUGUAAGCAAUACAACCAGUACUCGUAUCUCAUUCAGUGAUCCAAAUAAAUCACCGGGAAUAUUAGGUAAAGUUGAGAAUUUUUUCAAAAGUACUAGUCCCAAAAGUCCAUCUAUUGCCAUAGAAGAGGGUAAAAUUGAAUCUGAAUAUACGGAUGUAAAAACAGGUCACAGUAACCUGCAAACAUCUUCGAUAACAGUUCCAAAAAUAAGUAUAUCACAUCAGAAUACAGAUCCGUCAGAAGAUGCAGAUUCCAAAACAAAAAUGGAAAACACAAACCAAAAACAACAGGCAUCAUAUAAGCAACAACCUCAGGCAAAUGAAGAUGGUCGAUUGAUGAAUUUUGGCGAGUUUUCUUGUGUGUUUGAAAAAUUUUACUUGGAAAUUGAUCGACUGCAUCGUGAGUUAUCGAAGUAUUCCACUGCUUCUCAGGUUACUUUCAACUCGGUUUCUAGUCAAACUAUUGGUUGUUGUAUAUCGAACUGUUCUACUCAAACUUUGAUGGAGGAUAUUGUACCGUCAUCUUCCACAUGUAAUUCAAAAGAGGAUAGUCGCAAUUUAGAGUUAUAUAGUAAUGAUUUUCAGCUUCAUAUGGAAUCUUUGAUAUUAUACAGUAUUAAAUUUGGUGUUGAUUUACCUAAAAAUAUUUAUGUUAAGAAUAUAUUACAUAGUAAAGGAGAAGAUUUAUAUGUCAAACCUUCAUGUAGUAAAUAUUUAAAUUCUGAGCUAUCAUAUAUUAACAAUGAUACAAAGUUUCCAUUGAAUGACAAGCUUCACUAUUCUUCAAAUCAUUCUAAUGAUUUUGCUUCAACAUUAUUCAAUGUUUUACAAAAAGAAUAUCAAAAAAAUUUUAAUAAAUUCACUUCUUCAAAUCUAGUUGAAUUGAAUACUACCACUUUGAGUCAAUUCAUUUUACAAACUUAUAAUAUAUGGAUAUAUGAUCCAAAUAUAAAUCGUAGUAAUAAUAAUAUGGCAUAUUAUAAUAUAGAGAGAAGUGAUAGUAAUAAUCAUCUAUGUGUUAUUACAACACCAUUAUAUUCAAGGAAAUAUGUACGUAUUGUACCGUAUAUAGAGAAAUCAAUUAAUGCUUAUUUACAAAGUAUUUAUAAUAAUAAUAAUAGUAAUACUUUAGUUGUAGAUGAAUUCAAUACAUUAUGUAAUAAUAAACUAUGUGAAAAUCAUAAUUGGUUUAAUGAAAUUAUUCGACAAGGUUUUAUAUUAUUACAACCAUUUUGUAUUGAAUGGAUUUUUUCUAGUAUAGACUUAAUUAAUUUAUUUAAUCAUACACUACAAAAGAUGAAAUAUCGUUUAACUAUAAUGUGUACAAAUAAUACAUUUAAUAAUAAUAAUAGUAAUAAUAUGAAUAUGAAUAAAGAUUGUAUCUUUGAAAUAAUUCCUUCCUCAGUAAUUAAUUCAUUGUGUCGAACAAGUGAAUUACACAAUAUUAUAUACUUGAGAAUAUUACAUACAAGUAUGCUAAUAAUACCAUAUAAUUUUUCAUUAAUUAUAAAUAUUUAUAAUUGUUUUGUAAAUGCUAUAAAUUAUCUUUUAUCAUUAUCUAUUAAAACAAUACUUAAAAUUACUUCAAUAUAUUCUAGUAUUAUUGAACCUAUAACUAAUCUUAAUUAUAUAAUAAGUCAAUUAUUACAAUUAUUUAUUCAAUUAAAGUAUCGUUUAUGGGAGAUAAUUAUACAACCAAUAAUAAAUAAUAAACAGGCUAUAAUAAUAAUAGAUUAUUUAAUUAAAUGUAUAAAUUCGCAGAUUAUAACACGUUUAUAUAGAAUAUCUUCAAGUGUAAAUGAUAACCAGAAUAAAAUUUACUUUUAUAUAUUAUUAUUCAGAAUAUUAUUUUCAAUGAAAUUUGAAUUAUACUGUUUAACACAUGAAAAAGUAAUGAAUAAUAAUAAUAAUAAUUUAUCUACUAAUAAAUAUGGUUAUAUUUAUUGUGUACUAAUGAAUAAUUCAAAGAAUUGUUCAAUUACAGGAUUAUGGCCAUAUGAUAAAGUGAAAAUAUUUGAUCAGUAUAAUUAUAAUCAUCAUCAUCAUCAUCAUCAUGACGAUGACCAGCAGGAACAUCAGCAAUCAAAAUCACAACAUAUCUCUAUACAACAAUUAUGGUUAAUAGCUAUAAAACAAAAAAAUUAUUUAAUAAAAUUAUUAUUUCAUAAUAAUAAUAAUAAUAAUAAUAAUAAUAAUGAUAAAGAGUUAAUUAAACAUAUUAAAAAUGGUUUACAACAAAUAGUUAAUGAGAAUACUUCAAUAAAUAUCAAUUUAUGGUUACCAAAGAAAUUUAAUUCUACACAUUUGUAUGAUUCAAUCUUUUGGUCUCAAGUUUAUUUAACUGCUAUUAUACAAUGUAGUAGUAGUGGUGGUGGUGCUGAUCAUAAAAAUUCUCCUCUUUGGUUCCUUAAAAAAUUGGAAGAAAUUCGAUGUACAUGGUCAUCAUCAUAUUAUAUAAAUUAUAAUCUAAUGUAUAUUUGGUGUCUAAUUUCAAAUGAUAUAUAUGAUUGUAAUUCUACUAAAGAUAAUAAUAAUAAUAAUAGUAAUAAUAAUAAUAAUAAAGCCAGUAAUAACUCAAAUCUUUAUCAUCCAUCAUUAAUAUUUGAUAAGAAUUUAACUAUAUUGGAUAAUGAUUUAGUAAUACAAUUAAAAUUAGCCUAUUUUAUUGAACCAUCAAUUCUAUUCACUACUAUCUCGCAUAAAACUAUCUCAGAAUAUAUGAUGAAGUAUUAUUAUGAAUUAAUAUCAACUAGAAAUACUUCAUACAUUGAGACUACUGAUGAACAGAAAGUUAUUGAAAGUCUACGUUGUCAAGUUGAAAGUUUAAAACAAGAAGUUAAAAGACUACAACGUGGUACAUCCACUAUAGAAGAACGAAAUGUCAAUGACAAUGUUGGUGAAUUUCAUAUAUCUCAUAGUUCUCCAAGUCAUUUUUAUUCAAUGGAUCCAUAUGAAGAUGUAGAAAAAAUGAAUAAAGAAAAAUUGAAUUCAUCACAUAAUCCUUCAUAUUAUAGUACUCAAUUACAACAAUUAAAAGAAACUGGUGAUUUAGAAUUAGUUCGUGCUCAUCUUAGCCUAUCAGAAAGACGUCGACGAGAACUUGAAAGGCGUAUCACUGAAUUAACUGAUGAAUUAGCUCGUUCACGUGCUGAAGCUCGUUCAACUGAAACAAGUCUAUCUGCUGCUCGUCGAACUGAAGCAGCAUUAAGACGACGUCUACUUGUUGCUAUGGAUUCACGUAAUUCACCAAUUGGAAAUUAUGAAAUGAAUACAUUACGUAAUUCACAUGAAAUGACUACAGUUGGAAGUUCAGAAACAUUGAAUAUUGUUGAAUUACAAGCAGAUAUUAUUAAACUUCAAGCAACUAAUGCUUCAUUGAAUGAAGCUGCUUUACUUGAUCGAUCAAGAUUACAUGAUCAAGCUAUGCGUAUAGAUCAGUUGGAAUCAGAGCAUAAAGGUCUACUUGAUCGAAUAUCAUGUCUUCAAGCAGCUGAAACUGGUGCACAACGUGGUAUUGUUCGUUUACAGGCACUUUAUGAAGAUAUGCUACGUGAAUAUUCUGAAUCUCAACCAUUCGAAUUAACCAGUAGUCGUGAACGUGAUCGUCAACGUAGUAGUUCACGUAGUUCUAGAGGUAUUCAUAAUAAUGAUAAUGGCAGGAUUUAUAAAGUAUCGCAUAGUUAUGAUGUAAGACAAAUGGAACGACAAAUCUCAGAACUUCAAGCUGUAAAUGCUUCAUUAAAACAAUCGAUAUUGGAUAACUCAAUUGAGCUAUCCAAUGCAACAUCUACUACAAUUCCAGUUGGUGUAUGUCAUUCCCCAGCUUGUACUGCUGUACGUAAUCUUUUGAAAGCAUUUCAAGAUCGUUACAGUAAUUUAAUGAAUCAGUAUAUGCAGAGUGAACAGCAUACAAUACUAACUAAUGAUUAUCCAUAUGAAAUGAAUACUAAUAAUACUGAAGAUAAUAAUAGUAUAGUAAUUAGAAAAUCAUCACAAACACCAGCUUUUAUUGAUGAAUUACACAAUCAGUUAACAAAUCUAUCAUACUUACUGAAUGAAAAUAUGCAUAACAAUAGACAAGAGAUUAAAAAUUAUGAAUUGAAUGAACAUGUCAAUAUGUGUCUACGCUUAAUUGAUUUAUUGGACAAUUGGAUAAAAUCUUGUUUAACAGAGAAUGAUAUGGAAAUUGCACAUUUACGUUCAGUAAUUAUGAAUUUGCAUAUGUCUACUACUCAAUCGAUUGAAGAUCAACAGACAACUGUAUUUACAUCAUCAGUAGUCAACCCGGCUAAUGGUGAUGAUUAUGAACAAAAUAAUAAACAAACAUUUUCUUGUUCAAUCAGUUUGAGUAGAAAACAGGAUCCAAAGAGUUGCAUUGACUAUAAAUUUAUGGAACAUAGGGCUUCACUAGCACGUCUCCAUUGCACUAUGUACUCUGCAGUCUUUUUGACCAGGCGCUACGACUGCCCACAAGCUUUCAUUUCUUCUCUGCAUAUGAUCUCAUCCAAGUCAUCCCCCACUGGGACGCCCAACUCGUUGUUUCUCCUUCGGAUUCCACUUGAAAGCCUGGCCAAACUCGUGAUUUCCACAAUCGGACUUCUCAAUGUAUGCCCAAUCCAUCUCCAUUUUCUUCUACUGCGUAUUUGUUGGGUGAUAGGUUCUUGUUUGAUUGCUUCGUUUCCAGAGUUCCUUGUUCCCUAUUCUCAUUAUUCUGGCCAUCUGAUCUAAUCUUCAGUAACGAGCCAGCGUAGGCAGCAGCUGUUGAUAAAUGUCUGCAGUUUGUUGGAAAUGCUUUUCGUGACACGCCAAGUCUAGGACUUCGAAACGAACUCAGGAACAACCAUUUCAAUUGCCAAAGCGUUAUUCACUAGACAACCGAGCGACGAUACCUACUCGUGUUGUGAAACAGGUAAAAUAUAGUUCUCAUAUAACAUAUGUAUGUAUGUCUCCGCGGUUGAUUGGACCGAAUUGACAGGCUACUUUUGAUAUAUGGGAUUCGAUGCGGGUGCUUCCAUAGUGCUGGUCAGUUCAGUCCAAUCAAAGACAGAAACUUACCUACUGUGAUAUCAAAACUACGCUACUCCCACCAAAAAAGAAAUAGCUAUCUUGAGCCGGGAGCGUAGUGGUUAACGCUCUAGGGUUUGAGGCCAUUCAUUUAAGGCUUGAUUCUUAGCAGGAACAACAUCACUCACUGUGAGGCAGGUACUUGCAGCUGACGAG